AUAUUGAAUACAUUUUGAAAUGUUCCUAACAAAUUGUUGUGUAUGUGUCUUAAAUUAUUUUCAUUAAACUCUUAAAAAAAAAACCCUUUCAAAUAACUUAAAUACUAUAAGUUUAAUGUAUAAUAUAAAUCUUUAAAUUUAUUACAAAGGGAUAGAAAAAGAAUUGUUCAAGUGUGUGUGAAUAUUAAACUAUAAAUUCAAAAUGGAUAUUCAUAUAUUAUUAGCUUGUGUGUUCUUCUAUGUACAAAUAUUACAAGUACAAUCACGUUCAUUUGCAGAAGAAGAUUGUCCAGUUUGUGUGUCUACAAUUGAUAAAUUUUCAAAAACACUUGAAGGUGAAACCAACACAAAAGUUAUUGAAGAAAAAUUCAGGAAAUAUUGUCGUUCGUCAAGAAUUGAUAAAGAAAAAAGGCUGUGUUACUAUUUGGGUGGUGUAGAAGAUUCUGCAACUGGUAUUUUAAGUGAAAUGUCUAAACCAUUAUCAUGGUCCAUGCCUGCACUUAAAGUCUGUGAACGUUUAAAGAAAAUGGAUGCUCAAAUUUGCGAUAUAAAAUUCGACAAAGAGAUAGAUUGGAAGACAGUUAACCUCAAAAAACUAAAGGUUAAAGAUUUGAAGAAAAUAUUAGAUAACUGGGGAGAAAAUUGUGAUGGCUGCCUGGAAAAAACCGAUUUUAUUAAAAGAGUUGAAGAACUAAAAUCCAUUUACGUCAAAGAAGAUUUAUAAAUAAUAAAAUUUAUUUUACAAAAUACUGUACAAA